CAGACCACAAGGUGCGGCACUCAGCAGCACCAUAUCGUCUGCAUAGCUAAUAUUAUUCUGACAAGUAUCGCCAAUGUGGCAUCCAAUAGUAGUACUGCUAAGCUCCUCUAAAAGCUCAUUGACAUACAGGUUGAAGAGCUUGGGCGAGGUCACUCCUCCCUGUCUCACCCCACACUCCAACCUGUAUGGCUCCGAAUAAGUGCUCGACCAUCGUACUACAUUCCUCUGGUUAAGGUACCAGUAUUUAAAUAUUCUACGCAGCUCAACCGGCAUUUUCGUAUUCUUUAACUUCCGCCAGAGGACAUCGUAGUUGACGAGGUCAAACGCCUUCGUAUGUGGAGAAAGCAUGCAUAAAUAUACGUGCCUCUCUCUGUGUAGUGCUUGACAGUUUCCUUAAGACACAAUAUGGCGGUUUCCGUAGAUAGUCCAGGCCGGAAGGCGAAUUGAUUUUGAUGUAUAUCGAGGUAUUUGUCCAAUUGUGUACUAAGCAAACUACCACUUUAGCUACCACUUUCGCUAGCGAGAUCGGUCUGUAAUUGGUUUUAUCACUUACAUCACCACCCUUAUCCUUGACAAUUGGUACUACCACAGUCCUCAUCAUUGCCUCAGGUAAGUACGCGUGACUAAUGCAGAGGUUGUACAACAGAGCGAGCACCCUCGCCAAGUGAGGGCCAGCAUACCUCAGGUGUUCAAUACUGAGGCCAUCGGGACCAGGAGAUUAUCCACAUGCCAUAUAUUUUAAUACCGCGGUAACAUCUUUCGCUGUAAAUCUAAGUUUGAUCUCCUGGUCACUCAACUCCUCCUCCAGUAAUGAACACUUCAACCUUAAGGGUGAAGCCACAGGAUAAAGGAUAAAUAUAAUAAUAAUACGAAUAGUAAUUUAACCAUCCUCAAUUAGCCAUUAGUAUUUGUACUUGUAAGAUUUGGGAAUACCUCCGUACACCAAUCAUCAUACAGUUAGUUAUUUGUUUUAAAACCCCUCGUCCUAAUUUUGAUACCAGAGCAAGCGCAAGAUUCAAAAAUUGAACCACAAGCAUAGCGAGUGUUUCGAAAAGUGGAAUCUUGAACGUUGCGAAGGCGUUGUCGGUUAAACAAACUUUGCUACCGAGCAAAUCACAACAUUUAGCGAUGAAAAUAUUUACUGUAAAACAUUAAAAAAACUUUUUUUUUUAUUUAUCAUUCAAAAUCAUCACUUAAAGAAUUCAAUCCACCAGCCAACAUGAGAAAACAACUCAAAAACCUGCAUCGAAUAGUUUUGCCACUCUUGUUGAUAAUUUUUUUAUUAUAAUGUUUUUAUCUAAACUUUAACAUUUUAACUAUUAUGGAAUACAGUAUUUUGUUUCUUUCAUGUAAAAAUACGGCAGUGUGACGUUACCUUUACUCAAGCAGCGUAAUGUUUCACUAGCACUGACCCCUGCCCUGCCUGACGUACACUUCACUUUUGAAUGUUACAGUUUACACACGGCCCAAAUGAUUGCAUUUGUGAUAGUUGACUUGUUACUUGUAAGUUUUUUUUUGUUGGUUAUGAUACUUAUGAUGUUGGUUAAGUGUACAGUUUGAAAUGGUAUUAAAACUUGUUUUGCAUUUUUUUUUAAGUCUUUUUAAUCCGUUCUAACGUAUAGAAAUUUAAGUGAAAUAUGUCGUUUCAAAGUUAUUAGUAUUAAUGAAUUGUUGUUAUGGUUGUUACAACAGGAUGUGCUUUUGUCGAACAAACUUUUUGAGAGUAAACUAAAUUAUAGUUGUACGAUGUCAAGUAUUCAAAUAGGUACUUUAUUGCGAUUUGGUUUUUUUUAGGUCAGUUCUAUAUUGGCAAGUGACGAUGCGUAUUUUGCUAACGGAUGGAUACCCGUUCCCAGGUCAUUUGUGUUCAACCAAAUGAGUAAAAGUUAUACUGGAACAAGAGACUGGAAACCAUUUCAAGGCAUUGAUCAUAGUAACAUCGAUUAUGUCAAGGAAGAUGCCAUCCAAAUAAUAGCUCCAGAGCAAGAACGAACAUUGCCGAAUGAGAAAAUCGUUAAUGCAUGGCCACCAUCCGCAGUAGCUGCUGCAAUACCUACACCAAGUGACAAUUUAAGCCAAAGAGCUACGACAGAAUUAAAUAAAAACGAAAACCAAAUACUGCUGAAAUCAAAACCGAGCGAUGAAUUUAAUAAAAGGUCGGUAAAAAGUAACAUAAAUCGAAGGGCAUCAAAGUUAAUUUGGGAUGCCAGCUCGACCAAGAAUUUGAUUUUGAAUGCUCCGACUACGCCACAACCAGUUAUCAAAAGAGCGGAGACGGAAAAUUCAAUAAAUUACAGAAAUGUAACUAGUGACAAUUACGAAGUAACGGAACCGUCAAAUGUGCAGGAAUUGGAACUAGAAGCGUAUGACGUACGUAAUGAAUAUACAAAUAAGUUCGUUCAUCUUCUUUCAAAAUAUAGUAUCAAAAAUGUUGACAGGUUGAACAAUUAUGCGAAAUCUGUGCUGCGUCAAAAGAAAAUGCUAUAUCCAUCAUCUAACGUAUCUCCGGUAUCUUUGAUACCAGUCCGCUACAAUAGUUUGAAUCAUCUCCCAGUGGAUCCAUUGCUAGCAGUUUUGCUUUCAAAUUAUGGAUUCUACCUGCAUGGAUUUUAUGGGUUGCAAAAUAACUACAAGAAUUUGUAUGGAUAUUCCGCUUCUAAUAAUAUCCAUAAUAAUAAACCCUUUGGUUCAUAUAAGAUUUACUCUGAUACUGAUUCUUCAAAUUGAGUGUUCGUUUAGCUGUGUUGUGAUUUAUUGUAAUUUAUGUCCAGGGAUAUGUAUAUAUUUUUGUACA